AUGCCUCCAAAGAAAGGCGGCAAGCCCGCCCCCGUAAAGAAGAGUGCGCCCAAGAAAAAGCCCAUUGGAAAGAAGGAUAACAAGGGCGAGAAGCAGAUCAAGGUCCCCAAGAUUGUGGUCCCCAACUUUGAAGUCUCUGAAGAUGUCGAGAUUGACGAGGAGGAUAUCGAGUUCUUCAAGGAGAACAGUCAGCUCUCUGGAUUCUUGAGCAAGAUGGAUACCGUCAAGCUCGCCAAGAACGAAAUUAUCAAGGCAAAGAAGAAGACGACGAUGAGUGCGUUGAAGAAGGGACCCGUGGAACAGACUGCUGACGAUAUUGCUUCAGAAUCGGAAAACUCGGGAGACGACAGUGAUCUGGAGGGCAUGGAGAUCGACAUGGACAGCGAUGAUGAACCCAUGUCCGAGGAGGACUUUUCAGAUAUGGAGGCUGGCCAUUACGAGACCAAGGGAGGAGCAGCAGGAGAGGGCAGUGACAGCGAGGACGAGCGGAUAGUCGACUCUGACGAGGAGCAGGAUUACGAACAGGCGCCUCGUAAGGCCGAAGGCUGGUCUGAGAAAGGAAGCACACGUUUGCCUAUCAAGUUGGCGGAUGGUCGAAUCAAGGAGGUCGAGGAUAACCGUGUUCGUCCUAGCGAGAAGCAGGAUGAUGACAGUGAGGGAGAGGAGGAGGUUAUUGAUAGUGAUUUUGCAGAGGAGGACACAGUGUUUGAGGAUGAGGAGGAAGAGGAAGAGGAGAAGCCUGCCAAGAAGGUUCCCAAGAAGGUCAUUCUUGCUCAGAAGAAAGAGGAGAUGGCCACCAUUGCCCAGACCAUCAUCGCCGACCCCGAAGCCCACGUCGGACAAUUGAAGAAGCUGAGGGCGAUGUCACAGGAUCCUAGCGAUGUGAUCAAAAAGUUGGCGCUGUUGACACAGUUGGCGGUUUACAAGGAUAUUUUGCCCGGAUACAGGAUUCGUCCCUUGUCAGAGAAGGAGCAGAGUGUCACAGUCUCGAAGGAGGUUGCCAAGUUGCGUGACUACGAACAGUCGUUGCUUCUCAACUACCAGCACUACCUUCAAUCACUCGAGAAGGUUCUGUCUCAGGAUAAGUCAGGAAAGGAGGAAGAGGAGGCCGAGGCAGCUGCCAGCAAGGGAGCCACCGCUUCACUGACAGCGCCUGUCGCUGCUGCUGCAGGAACUGAUGAUGCAGCGACCAAGAAGGCCAAGGCGGAUAUGGCCACCGUCGCGGUCCAUUGUAUGUGCAACCUGUUGACCAGCGUCACCCACUUCAACUUCCGUCUCAACUUGAUGACGGCCUUGAUCGCCAGGAUGAGUCGCCGUCACUGGAGCGAGCUCUCGGAGACCUGCAGCAAGGCACUGAAGGAGGUUUUCGCAGAGGACGAAGCAGGAGAGGUGUCACUGGAUGCUGUCAAGCUGAUUACCAAGAUGAUCAAGUCCAAGUCGUACCUGGUCCACCCCAACGUCAUCAGCGCCUUUUUGUCAUUGCGUCUCAAGGAGGAGUUGCCUACACGAGCCAGCGGUGACGAGGACAACAACCCCAGGAAGAGAAAGAAGAAGGAGAAGGUCCACAUUAGUAAGAAGAACCGCAAGCUGCUCAAGGCCAAGAAGGAGGUUGAGGUCGAGAUGAAGGAGGCCGAGGCUGUGGUCGACAAGGAGGAGAAGAUGAGGAUGCAGACCGAGACCUUGAAACUGGUCUUUAUCACCUAUUUCCGUAUCCUCAAGCAUGCUCCUGGAUCCCCACUUUUGCCCGCCGUCCUGGAGGGUCUUGCCAAGUUCGCACAUUUGAUUAACGUCGACUUUUUCACAGACUUGCUGGAGGUGCUGAAGAAGAUUAUGAUCGGAGGAACAGAUGCCCAUCAGUUUGACAUCUUUACACCCGCUAACCGCCGGACACAGCUGCUCUGCAUCGUCACUGCAUUCCAGUUGCUUCAGGGACAGGGAGAGGCGUUGAACAUUGACUUGAAGGCGUUCUACAACGCGUUUUAUACCUCGCUCCUGACGGUGGCCUUGAACCCUGAUAUCGAGGGCAACAUCUUUGAGGCAGCCGACGUAGCGGCCAAGGAGAAGGAGAGACAGAAGCAGGCGGCCAAGUCACAGUGGAAGGGCAAGAACGCCAAGAAGAUUUCAGGAGAAGAGGAAGUUUUGGUGGUGUUGAGCAGCGACCGGGAGUUGAUUCUGAAGGGAUUUGAGUUGUUGUUCUUUUCGACAAAGGGCAAGAUUCCCGUGAUCCGUUCGGCAUCGUUCAUGAAGAGGAUUGCGGUGGCCUCAUUACAGUUCCCCAACAAGUCGAUGAAGGACUUUUUGAUGAUCAUGAAGAAGUUGGUCCAGAAGCAGCCUCAGUUGGAUCAGCUGUUGACGGGCACGGAUGAGGACCGAGCAGGAAAUGGUGUUUAUCACCCAGAGUUGAAUGAUCCUGAGCUUUGCAAUCCUAUGGCCGCUAGUCUCUGGGAGUUUGAGCUCAUGAAGUCGCAUUUUGACCCCAAGGUUCGUCAGAUGGCUAAGGAGCUUGCAGCAUUUACGCCUAGCGCUGGAAUGCGCACACACGACCGGACGAUCAACCAUUAA